CGAUCUGUCAGCGGAGCCGGCCGGGGGGAGCCGCCCGGCCCGCCAGGGCUCGGGUUACCAGUGACUGACAGCGUCUCCAUGGCGAAUAAUUUGACUCCAACUAUUGUCUGGCGCGGGCAGGCCCCGGGUCAGAUAACCAGACCAAUCAGGGCGCGGGCCGCCGCGCCUCAUGCCCGCUUAGAAUAAUAUUAUUAAAAAAGCAGCGAGAGAGCUAGACGGGAGGGAGAGCGAGCGAGAGAGAAGCGAGCGAGAGAGUGGCGGGCGGGCGAGCGCGGAGCAUGCGGAGCGGCGCCCCGGGCGGCCCCCGGGCUUGGACGAGGGCGCAGGCGAGGCGCGCAGGCAGCGGGGGCGCGGAGCGGCGCGGGACCCGCGGCCGGCGCGGGGGAGUCCUGCAGUGACUCCGGGUUCGCCGGGAGCAGCGCCGGGCCAGGGGGCCGGCCCCGCCCGCCUCUCGGCCCAGACGGCCGGGCGAGGAGGCGCCCAUGCCGGACCGCGCAGCGCAGUGAGGACGCGCGCGGGCGGGCGGGGGCGCAGCCGGCACCAUGUCCAUGUUGCCCACCUUCGGCUUCACGCAGGAGCAAGUGGCGUGCGUGUGCGAGGUGCUGCAGCAGGGCGGCAACAUCGAGCGGCUGGGCCGCUUCCUCUGGUCGCUGCCCGCCUGCGAGCACCUCCACAAGAAUGAAAGCGUGCUCAAGGCCAAGGCGGUGGUGGCCUUCCACCGCGGCAACUUCCGCGAGCUCUACAAGAUCCUGGAGAGCCACCAGUUCUCGCCGCACAACCACGCCAAGCUGCAGCAGCUGUGGCUCAAGGCGCACUACAUCGAAGCGGAGAAGCUGCGCGGCCGGCCGCUGGGCGCUGUGGGCAAAUACCGCGUGCGCCGCAAGUUUCCGCUGCCGCGCUCCAUCUGGGACGGCGAGGAGACCAGCUACUGCUUCAAGGAGAAGAGUCGCAGCGUGCUGCGCGAGUGGUACGCGCACAACCCCUACCCCUCACCCCGCGAGAAGCGCGAGCUGGCGGAGGCCACGGGCCUCACCACCACGCAGGUCAGCAACUGGUUCAAGAACAGGCGGCAGCGGGACCGGGCAGCCGAGGCCAAGGAAAGGUACGAGGAGAACAGCGAAAACUCCAACUCCAACAGCCACAAUCCUCUGGCUGCGUCGCUGAACGGCAGCGGCAAGUCGGUGCUAGGCAGCUCGGAGGACGAGAAGACGCCGUCGGGGACGCCGGACCACUCGUCGUCCAGCCCCGCGCUGCUGCUCAGCCCGCCGCCGCCACCAGGGCUGCCAUCCCUGCACAGCCUGGGCCACCCUCCCGGCCCCAGCGCCGUGCCUGUGCCCGUGCCGGGCGGAGGUGGCGCGGACCCACUGCAGCACCACCACGGCCUGCAGGACUCCAUCCUCAACCCCAUGUCGGCCAACCUCGUGGACCUGGGCUCCUAGAGCCCCGCCUGCCUCGACGCGCUAGCCUUCCGGCCUUGGCGCUGGGGACCUGAGAGAGACGGUGUCGGGAGGGCACCCUGCGCCGGCCGCCCCACCAGGUACUGAAAGACCCGCUCGCUGAGUGGGCAGGACCGCCGGCCCGGCCAGGGCAGGGCGGAUGGCUCUCUGGUUUGGUCUUUGUUCGGGAUUUAUUUUCGGCAAGUUGCUUUUGAGAUCCUUUGGAGGCCUGGGACCAGCCUUGAACCAGGGAAGGGAAUAAAUUAUACACCUUUCUCAUACUCUUUCCCUACCUUCUCUUGGCUCUUUCCGUCUCUCACCUUCCUUGCUCUUUUCUCCUCUUCCUUUUCCUUCUUUCUCUCUUCUCCUUUUCUCCCUCCCUUUCUUGCUUUCCCUCUUUUCGCUGUCUCCCUCCACAUUUCCUGCUUACCACCUCUCAUUAGGUUUCUGUUUCUCUUUCUCUGUUUUUCUGUUUCUCCUCUCCGCCAGCCUCUUGCACCCCUGGCCCCCAGGUCUGUACCCCUCCGUCUUUCUCCUCGUGCCUGGCCAUCUACCUGCCCCACCCAUCCCUCUCUCUCCUGGGGUCGGGGGUGCAGGGGGAAGAGCAAAGGAAAGCUAGGGCCUUUGAACACAGGCCUUCUUCAGAGGCCCUCCCUUGGGGUCAGCGGGGCUGCAGGUGUCAACUUUGGGCCUAGUAACUUAAGUGAAAGAAAAAGAGCAACGGCGCGGAAGCCCCUGAACGCCCCCUUGCCGCUCGCCCCUCUCUCUUGGUGAGGCCCCGCCCCGCGCUCUCCUCUUCCUCCAGGGCUGUGGCCACAGUGCUCCCGGCAGAGCGUGCCUCCCGAGCCGCGGACUUGCCAUCUCCCUGUUAUGCCCUCAUGUGAAUGUUCUUUGGGAAAUAUUUCUGCUUUUAUUUUAUAAUAAAAUUAGAAAUCAUAAAUAUAUAUAUGGAUAUA